CUGAGUGACCAAUAGGCUUUGGUGUUGAGCUGCUGCUGCUUGCUGAUUGGUGGAAGGAGCUGCUGCCUCCUCUCUACAGACGCUUCUCCUUUGGUCAAGGUUGCACUUGCGGCUGCAUCAGGACGCGUCCGGAGCGCAUUUACGCACCCAGAGCAGCCUGAUCAGUAGAAGCUCCGCUCUGUUUCACUCCACUCAGGAUCCGCAUCUACAGAUAAUCAGCAAUGGACGAGAUGGAGGAAGAGUUGAAAUGCCCAGUCUGUGGCUCUUUUUACCGGGAGCCCAUCAUACUGCCUUGCUCCCACAACAUUUGCCUGGCUUGUGCGCGGAAUAUUCUUGUGCAGACCCCCGAAGCUGAGUCCCCACAGAGCAGCCGAGCCUCCGGAUCCGGGGUCUCAGAUUAUGAUUACCUGGAUUUGGAUAAAAUGAGUUUGUACAGCGAGGCUGACAGCGGCUACGGUUCCUAUGGAGGGUUUGUGAGCGCUCCCACCACCCCCUGCCAAAAAUCUCCUAACGGGGUCCGAGUUUUCCCCCCGACUGUCCCCCAGUCUGCUCCGCAGCAGCACCUUCUCCCGCAUCCGGCCUCCCUACCCCCGAUCCCCCGCAACUCCUGCAUCACAUGCCCGCAGUGCCACCGCAGCCUGAUCCUGGAUGACCGGGGUCUCCGAGGGUUCCCCAAGAACCGGGUGCUGGAAGGUGUGGUGGACCGGUACCAGCAGAGCAAAGCGGCCGCCCUCAAAUGCCAGCUCUGCGAGAGGAGCCCCAAAGAGGCCACGGUGAUGUGCGAACAGUGCGACGUUUUCUACUGCGACCCGUGCCGCAUGCGCUGCCACCCGCCCCGCGGUCCCCUGGCCAAGCAUCGCCUGGUGCCCCCCGCGCAAGGCCGGAUCAGCCGUCGCGCCAGUCCCCGCAAGAUCUCCACCUGCACGGAGCACGAACUGGAGAACCUCAGCAUGUACUGCGUUCAGUGCAAGAUGCCUGUUUGUUAUCAGUGCUUGGAGGAGGGGAAACACGGAACACAUGAAGUGAAAGCUCUGGGCGCAAUGUGGAAACUGCACAAGGGUCAGCUUUCCCACGCCUUAAACGGUCUUUCAGACCGAGCCACCGAGGCAAAGGAGUUCUUGGUUCAGCUAAGAAACAUGGUGCAGCAUAUCCAGGAAAAUGGUGUGGAGUUUGAGGCCUGUCUGGUGGCGCAGUGCGAUGCACUCAUCGACGCCUUGAACCGACGCAAGGCUCAGCUUCUGGCUCAAGUGAACAAGGAGCACGAGCACAAGCUUAAGGUGGUUCGGGAUCAGAUCUCACACUGCACUGUGAAGCUGCGUCAGACAACAGGACUGAUGGAGUACUGUCUGGAAGUCAUCAAGGAGAACGAUCCCAGUGGUUUCCUGCAGAUCUCCGACGCUUUAAUCCGGAGGGUCCACAUGACCGAGAGUCAGUGGGGGAAGGGAACCCUCACCCCCAGGAUGACCAGUGACUUUGACCUCACCCUAGACAGCGGACCCCUCCUGCAAACAAUCCACCAGCUAGACUUUAUGCAGAUGAAAGUCCCAGCUGCUCCCAUCCUCCAGCUGGAGGAAUGCUGUACCCAGAACAACAGUGCCACACUGUCAUGGAAACAGCCACCGCUCUCCACUAUCACCGUCGAAGGCUACAUCCUAGAGUUGGACGACGGAAAUGGAGGCCCAUUCAGGGAGGUGUAUGUGGGGACGGAAACCAUCUGCACGGUGGACGGGCUCCACUUCAACAGCACCUACAAGUCCAGAGUAAAGGCGUUUAAUUCCAGCGGAGUGGGCCAAUACAGCAAGACGCUGAUCAUGCAGACCUCUGAGACAGGACUCCCUCCAUGUGAUAUUCAGGCUAUAGGCGCAGUUGCUUGGUUCACGUUCGACCCGGCCUCUGCUCACCCGGACAUAGUGUUCUCCAACGACAACCUAACAGUGUCCUGCAACAGCUACGAUGACCGUGUGGUGCUGGGUAACACCGCCUUCUCUCGCGGUGUCCAUUACUGGGAAAUGACAGUCGACCGGUACGACAACCACCCUGACCCGGCCUUUGGCAUCUCUCGGGGUGACGUUCUGAAGGACGUGAUGCUGGGGAAGGACGACAAGGCCUGGGCUAUGUAUGUGGACAACAACCGGUCCUGGUUCAUGCACAACAACUCCCAUACGAACAGGACGGAUGGCGGCAUCAGCAAAGGAGCCACGAUAGGAGUGCUGCUGGACUUCACUCGCCGGAUCCUCAUCUUCCUCAUCAACGAUGAACAGCAGGGUCCGGUUGCCUUUGAGGGCUUGGAGGGCGCAUAUUACCCUGCUAUCAGCCUCAACCGUAACGUCCAGAUCACUCUUCACACUGGUCUACCCAUCCCUGACUUUUACACCCCCGGGGAAGCAGAUCCAACGAGCUCUGUGUGUUAAAAACUGCAGGACUUUCCUCAUCUCCCCCCGGCCUCUAAUCUCGCCCUCGGCUCUCUACUCCUUCUGUCACCCUGACCCCAUGACCCCAUGACGCUCCGUCGGAGGCUUUCCAACAGUCCUAAGCCAUGCCUUUUUCAUGCCUAAUCCUUGGACACGACCAUGUGCUGGGGGGGUGUCCCUGCAUAUGGUGCCUUGGUACCUAUGACUUCUAUACUUUGGACAAACAGUCUGAGUAGGAAGAUUUAACAAAUACAAUAUCCAGAGGAAGGAAUCCAGACGCUUUAAGGUCAAUUAUAAAAAUAUUGAAAUGAAGGAAUAUAUUUACUUUUUGGACAAUACUGAGUCAAGACUAGGCAUGGGCUGGUAUAAAAACUCUCAAUGAACUGAUUUAAUAAGUAGAUUCUUACAAAAAAUGUUAAAAGCAAAUAUGUAAUAUAGUUUAACUGAUUUCCGUCAUAAUAAAGCAAUAAUUAUUAAUCCUGCUGCUAAAAAUCAUUACAAACAUUUAUUAUAACAUUUAUAAUUUUAUAAUCUGUUUCAUUAUUUUGCAAAACAGAACUAGUCCUUAAUAUUCCCAAAAAAAUACAUUUAUAUUUUAUCCCUAAGGACUAAUAUCAAGUCAAAAUUCACAUUUACUUUUUCGUUUACAUUUAUAGUUAUUUUUUCUUCCCUUCAUAUUUUCCAGCUAUAUGUGACCACAUUUAGGCCCAAACUCCUUUAUGUUUGUCACUUUUAACAGAUUUUAAUAGAAGGUUAAUCUGUAUAAAAAUGAAAGCAUCCAAUUAUUCACUGAUCUUUCAAUAUUCCGUGAUCAGAAAUAUUUUCUCUGCAGCUUCAAUACUAGAAAAAAAAACUCUUUGUUUGAUAUAUUGUGGAACCAAGAACUGUGACUGUAGGAGGAAUAUAGAUAUAAGAUAAGCAGAUAUGGACACAGUUAUAGAAGAACCUUUUUAAAAAUUGCAGUAGAUUGACAAGAAACUGGGAAAACUGGCUAACAGAGAGAUUCCCCGUACAUGUUUUAGUAAUAAUGUCCAAGAAAACUGAAUUUUUUAAGAAGCGGGUUAUAGAUUCUGCAAUCAUGUCUCUUAUAAAGUAACACUGGGAGUAUAAAAAAUAUACAGCAGAUGUUUUAAUAGUCUGGCUUUCUUUAUAUAAAGCCUGUAUACAGCUGCUAAUUGGCUGGUUUUUUUUUUUUUUAUGGCAAUAUCUUCAUAGGAAAAUUG